GAUGAGUAUGUUGAGUGUGUUUGUCAUGAGAUCAAUGUACUGGACAUGCAUCAUAUCUCCUCCUUCAUUGGUAUUGUCAGAGAUCUGAUCAUCAAGUUCAAGAAGGGAGAUGGCCUCUCAGUGGAGAAAAGCUGGGUGCUUUCCCUUGCUCUCAAGUCUUUGCUCCAAAUGGUGAAGUCUCCAUCCUUCCAAGAUGGCCAAUCCCAGGAGGUGUUCACCAGUGAUGUCAUCCAGUGCUUGGUGCAGUUGGCCAGUCAGGGGACAGGUUUCAGCAAACAAUGGCUGUUAAAAGAUUUGGAGGUCCUCUCUCUAAUGCUGUACACACAAGACAAGGAAAAGACUGAUGUCCCCGCACCUCUCCCAGUGCCUGUGCCAGCUGCCUCAGACCCCAGAGAUCCAUGGCAGGGACUGGAUGAACCUGCCAAAAUGUGUUUCCAAACCCUCCAUGAGCAUUUCCAUGUCCCUAUCCCCAUCCUGAGAGCUAUCUAUGACAUGCAUGGCCAGAACACGAAUGCCUUGCUGAUGGCAGUACAGGAGAACAUUGAAGGAGACAGUUAUAACCCAAGUGAAGGAAUUAAGAAGUUGGCCAAAAAGUGGGAAAGUGGUGUUAAAGCUGUAGCAUCUGAAGUGAUGGCUGAUAAGGCGAUAGAUGCUGGAAUACUGCAAAUUGAUCUAGCUGUACCUGUUAAAAGGACUAUUGACAAAGCCACAGAAGAGCCCUCAGAAGACGCACAAAAGCUUAUCAAGUCUACAGACAAUGAUACCGAGGUUGAUGUGUUGAAACAGAGAAGGAGCAAGAGUGCAAGUCUUCUUAAAAAGGAACUGGAAGUCCAAGGAAAGACAGGAUCAAGGGAAUAUCUAAAAAAAGUAAAUCUAGCCAUGUCAAUUCUUUGGGCAAGGAAAGUGCUGUUGUCUUUGCUGGCAGAUUGGCCUCAACUUGAGUAUCCAAUCACAUCAGACCUUCUAGGCUGCAGGAGCAACGCCCAGAUCCCUUGUGUUCUGGACCUCCUGAACAGGUCAGAAUGCAAGCAAACAUUCAGAAAGGUUGUUAACAACGUUAUUCAACACUGUGAGUCCAGUUGCCUGCCUCCCAUAGCCAGUACUGCCUGCCAAUUCAUGGAGGAAGUUACCAUGGCAACCAAUGUUAGGCAAUCUGAGCAUCCAUAUGAGGGAACUAAAACUGUGGAGGAAAAAAUUCACAUCCCAGGCGCAGCUUUUCUAAGUAUUAAAUUUGAUAGCAAAUGUGCAACAGAGGAAGAUGCUGAUGAAGUAGUCAUGGCAUCAACAGCCGACUACAAGCAGGACAAACAUGUUUUUUCAGGAAACAGUAAAAAUACGUGGAAAGACUUUGAUAUGGCAGGUGACACGCUGUAUUUUAAGUUUACCACAGAGGGUGGAUAUAGUCACUGGGGUUAUAAAUUCACCAUAUCCAGUGGCAAGAUUGGAAGAUUUGACACUGGUUAUUUAAUCCUCAAUGCCAUAUUGUCAAAUGAGAUGGUGGCAGUGUCACUACCACUGAAUGAUUUGUGGUGCAGCCUGGUCUAUGUGGCUUGCAAGCAGACAGGGACACAGAGACUGAAGACCAUACAACUUCUACUCAGAAUAUUACAAACACAAUUUGUACCAAGAGCAGAUCCUCAGAAAUGUCGGGUUGACCUGACUCUGUUGAAGCCCCUGUGGAAACUGUAUAAGAGCAGCUUCAAGGAUACAGAGGGAGGAUCUGUCACACAGCCCAUUGUCAGGGCCCUCACUGAGCUGUUCCUAGUGGCAGAGAAUACAGCACUGGAUCUAGGAAUUGUUGAAGAAUAUGUAGUUGCUUUGUUUGAUUUGGAUGAGAUCAGAAAAGUUGUGUAUCAGGGUCUUCACAAUGUUGCUGCAUUAGGAGCAGCCAUUGGAUUGCCAAACAAAGCAACAGAAGUUUUUCAGUCAAUCAAACCUAAAGCCAAAAAGACAUAAAUUCAAAGGCAAAAUGAUUUUCUUGGACAGAAUAAAGAAAUGUGCUACAUGUAUAUGUUUUUAAGUUAUCUGGGAAGUGUGAGCAAAAGUGUGACUUGUGUAAUUUGCAUAUUUAUUAAAGGCUUGGUCUCUAGCAGUGAUGUCAGUAAUCAAUCGAAAAGUAUUGUGAGCUUUGUCAAGUUAUCUGCUUGCCUGUCUGAUAAAAUAAUCCUACAGAAUUGCACAGCAGAACAAUGGUCCUUCUGCACCCCUCUCUAAAAUAGCCUGACUAUAGCACUACUCUUCGUCACUAGAGAACAUAACAGAGACAAAUUUUCUAUUAUGAAAAAAUGACUGCAAAGAUGUAUUGUUUAUAAAGCAAUUGUAUUGCUUAUGUGAGAUCAUGGAAGUUUAACACUACAAUUUUGCACCGUAUUUGGUUAUAAACUUUAUUGUUCUUUUUCAUGGAAUGGAAUAUUUUCUAAAUAAGUAAAUACUUUGGUGUUCGAAAGGAUUUUCUCCUUCCUUAAGCACUUGAAAAAGAAUGCAAGCUACAGUGGACGUAACAAUAAUAACAUAAAUAGACACGUUUAAAAGGGCUUUCAUAUAUGACUUUUUAAAAACCCACGGAAGAUUUUCCUUCACUGUGUUACGUAUUGUGAUCUGCGCAAUUUUUCCAAGAAACUGACAGUCAACUUGAGUUCCUUUAUUCUGAUUUAUAUGUAUAAUCUCAAAAUCACGUUGUAGCUAGAUUUUUAUGGAAUCUAUAAACCAAUUCGUUCUAAAGAUGCUUUUUGUCAGUUUCUUUAUAAAUGAGCUGUAAGAAUUCAACCAAACAACUCCAAUGAAGUCAAGUCAUUGCUCUGAAUAUAACAUUUCACUUAUGAAAUGAGGCUUGCUUGUUUCCUUUCAUGUGGUUAGCGAUACUUAACUGUAUCCAGUUAAUGUAAGUAGUAUAAAACCUGUUUCAAUCAAAAUUCGUUUUCUAGAAAACUGAAUUUAAUUCUAAAUUAGCUUAAAAACAAGUCCACUGGCAAUUAAAUGGUCUCAGUCCCGUAUAUCUUAUAUUCAAAACGUCCCGAUUUGGAACCCCUAUUCGCGUUUGUUUUUCUUGAUAGUGGUAAAGUGAGCAGUGGUUGGCAAGCGCCACAUUCCG